AUUGUACAAGAGAAGAUUAGCACUUCGACGGCAGAUUCACAGUUAGUCAAGUACAGCACCUGUCCGGCUGUCUCUGUCCUCUCAGGAUGUCCUCAGAUAUUUAUUCUGAACCAGAUUUAUCAAAAAAGGUGAGAUACAACAGAAAUGAGCAAGAAGACGGAGCAGGAUGGGAGGAGAUGGAGGUGGAUAUCUAUGAGACUGCUGAUGAUGUUGGGAAUAAUCUUACUGUUUUUCAGUCACAGGAAGAAGGACGACAGACUCAGAACCAUCGUGCUCUCCAGAAAAGACCUGUCAGAGGUUCAACACUGUGUCUAGGAGUGUUGUGCACGGUGGUUUUAGUCGUGGUCGUCAUCUUGUUCAUAUACGCUCUUUUAGUCACCCUGGAAAUCAACCAGCUGAAGACCAAACUCAACCAACUAAACAACACCUACAAUCAGCUGCUCAACAAUGUUUCUGGGGAAUGUCCUGAAGGAUGGAAAAGAUUUGGAUCCAGUUUUUACAAAAAAUUCACAGAGAGUAAAACUUGGUCUGAGAGCAGGAGGGAGUGUGAGGAAAGAGGAGCUGAUCUGGUGAUCAUAAACAGCAAAGAGGAGCAGGAUUUUGUGGGACAACUGGACACAAAUGAAAACUCCUGGAUUGGUCUGAAAGCUGAAUGGUCGAGAAGUAAACAGGAACUUGAAUGGAAAUGGGUGGACGGAUCACCACUGACAACAACGUUCUGGGCUGCAGGAUCGUCUCAAGAUCAGUAUAACCAACAACAAUAUCCUGCAGUGUGUUGUACUACUGAAGGGAAAUGGAAAUCUUCAUAUUACACUUACAAUAAAAACUGGAUCUGUGAGAAGAAAAAACAAGAUUUCAUUGUUUAAUUGUGUUUCGUGUGUCAUUUAUAAAUGUGGUUAUUUUGAACUUCAUCAUGUGUACAGGGUAGUGAAGCUGUCAUCAGAACUACAGUAGAACCUGAUAAUGCUGAAGUAAAAUAUAAUGAUUGCAAAUAAAUAUAAAUUAAGCUUUUAUUCACUUUGUUUACUUGGGUUGUUUUAUUUUUUUGUGUGAGGAAUGAAGAGUUAUCAGUUAAAAUAAUUGUCUGUAUUCUGCUACAUUUACAUAAACAUUUGUCGUCCUGCUUAAUUUUCCCCAAAACCCAUCAGAAAGUAUAUUAACAAAAUGCAAAGUGUAUUUCAGGAACAGAGGAAGAAACAUCAAUAAACAAGGAAACUUGACAACAGCUGUUGGAUUAAAUGUUUUGGAUUAAAUGUUUCAGACACAAAGUCUAAAGUUACAAAUUAGUUGUUUUUAACAUGAAAGUGUUUAAAUUAAAGAUACUAAAAUACAAGAACA